AAUAACAGAAACACAGGCAUGUAAUAAAGAGGCGAAAAAUAUACCCUAUGAAAAAAAUCGUGAAAUGCAAAAUGAGACAAAGCGCGGGAGGUUUUUAGAACACUUCCCGCCAACAAAACCCCUAAACAACUUCAGACCCUUAUGCAAUCCCCAUUUCCCAACUCUCCUACUUUCAUCCCAUCAAUCUAUCUUCUUCUUCGCAAUCACUGAUUUAUUUUGAUCAUCUGCUUACUCGUAAUCCAACUUGUUCGGCCCCCAAAUUUCCCAAUCAAGCAUUUAAUAGUGAUUUCUACCCACUUUUUGUUUUUGGUUAAACCCUAAUUUGUAGGUCUCCGAAAUUAUUCAACAAUGAAUACAGAAGGGUUGUCAGUAAUUUGUGGUGGGCUUGGGUCAAUUGAGGAGAAUGAGGGGAGUGUUUAUUACUCCAGAGAUGAUUACUGUUUAGAUAAUUUGAAGGAUUUGUUGAGGUUUUUGCGGCGUGAUGAUCCGACAACUCGGGAUGUGUUUAAACAAGUGUGUAAAUGGGAUAUUGUUUCAAAGAAUUUGAUACCCAUUAUUGAGCAUUGUCAAGAUGAUCGCAAUUUGGUCUUAAAUGCAGUGAAAGUUUUGGUGUUUCUUACUAUGCCUUUGGAGGUUACUUCAAAGGAUUUUAAUGAGCAGCUUGAAUACCUUUGGGGCAUUAAGUUUGCUAUAUCUAUAAGCGAUGUGGUUGCCGUGAUCGUCUCGUUGUUGGAGAAGCCACUUGAAAAUUUAGAAUGUAAGGCGUUCUCAGAGGAUGAUUGGAAGCUGAUCCAACUGGUUUUGACACUAUUCCGGAAUAUUUUAGCUGUGCAAGACAUCUCAGCACAUCAAAAGGCGUCAGGUUCCGCAAGUUUAUAUUUAUCCUUGCGAGAUGAUUUCUUAGACCUAUUGUUCAGAGAAAAUGUUAUGGAUUUGAUUAUCAUUAUAACUCAGCAUGUUGGUGGCUCUUGUCGGUAUCUUCGGCAUGACAACUUGCUCUUGUUAGAAAUAUAUCAUCACAUAUUUACAGGUCAAGAUGCAGAGUUGAUUGCUAAAAUCUGCCUGGAGGAAUCAAAGGUUGAUGGAGAAGCCAAACCUUGUCUUGAAAGUCUUAAAUGUAUUAUGCAAGAGGAAACAGAAAAGAGAAAACAUUCCAGACUGCAUGCUAGUCGGCACUCAAAGUUUAGUGGAGCCUUUACACGACUUACCUUGGAUGGUUCUAAAACAAUGUGCAUGGGCAUGCCUAUUUCUGCAUCUUGUGAUACUAAACUGCUGAAAUCAGAGAAAGUCCACCGUGGUCACAAAAAAAAAAUUGUGAAAGAUUACACUCGACUUCCCACCACAAAACGAAGCAUUUUGGAGAGGCUUCUUGACUUUCUAAACCAGUUUCUAACUGGGGGAUACAAUGUGCUGAUGCAAUCCAUUGCCCAUGAUAUUGAGAAGGAGCACCAUGCGAUACAAACCAGUGAUGUGCAAAUGUUCUUUCACCUUGCUCAGUUUGUUACAUUUUUUCAGUAUCAUAAAUCCCAGCUGACAAAGCUAAAUACAGAUGUCAGCAAUGAUUCUUCUCUCAAUGAUGAUGAUGAUGAUAGCACAUGGUUUAAAGGUGAUAUAUGUGGGCCUAUUGCAGCAACCAUGAACGAUUCAAUGUUUAUAUUGGUAAUAGCAAAGUGGCAAUUAGCUUUUGAAGGCUUGAAGGAAACAAAGAACAAUGCAUUUUUGUCAAUAUCGGGAUCUCUCAUGAAAACUAUGAUCCGGAUGUUGGAUUUGGUGCUCAAGAUGAUGCCUGAAAAAUCCAGAGAACCACAAACUGCUCGUAUCAUACUUUACAAGUUGUUCUAUGAUCAAACUGAUCAAGGGUUGACCAAAUUCCUUUUGAAUAUGUUCCGAUCAUUUAAUGCUCAUAAACAGCCUAAAAGUGAUCUUGCUGAUUUGGUGGAGAUAAUUCAUGUAGUUAUAAGGCUAAUGGAGAAGCUGCAAGCACAUGGCACAUUAAGGGUCGCCAAAAAAUCUAGGAAGGUAAGAAGGAAAAAGGAUCAGAAAAUUUCAGAAAGCAAAGUUGUUGGUGAUGAUGCCACAAUUCUGAAUGGAAUCCAGCCCUCCAAUAACGAAGAACUUUUUCCUGACACUGGAAAUGGUAAUAAUGAAAGGUUGAAUGAGACAAACUGUGACGGAAAAGAAAAUGAUAAUAUUAAUGGUUGCAGUCAAGUUGAUGAGACUAAGUUAUCUAGGGAUGAGGGACAAAACUCUGAUGGCAGUCUCCCAGUAGGUGAUCACACAGAAUCUGAUCAAAUUCAUGACCCAGUAGGUGAUCACACAGAAUCUGAUCAAAUUCAUGACCCAGUGGGUGAUCACACAGAAUCUGAUCUAAUUCAAGACCCAGUAGGUGAUGGAGAAUCAAAUCCAAUAAAUGAGCCACUGGGUGAUCAGAAAGAAUCUAAUGAAAUUAAUGACAACUUUGUUGCCACGGGAGCAGAUGAUUGUGAUUCCUCUGCAGAUGAGCAAAUUACUGCAACAAAUGAAGUCGAUUUUAAGAUGACUUCCUUGCUAUUCUCAUUGGCAAAUAGUUCCAUCAUUAGUAACCUCUGUUGUUUGUUGAAGAAUUACAAGAGUAAUUCUACUGCAACAAACCACUACAUUUUAUGCUUGCUCAGGAGGAUUUCAGAUGAUUUGGAUCUUGCUCCUAUGCUGUAUCAGCUGUCCUGCCUCGUCAUAUUCUAUGAUAUCCUAAAUGAACAUAAGGAAAACCCACGUAAAGAGUAUGAGAACAUUGCGCAGUUUCUGACUAGUCUUAUAAGGAGAAUGUUGAGAAAAAUGAAGGAUCAACCCCUUCUCUUUGUGGAUGUAUUAUUUUGGAAGACACGGAAAGAUUGCCAUUAUAUCAAUGUUGAAUCUAUCCAACGUGAAAUUGGUGAAAUGAAGAAGGAAGUUAAGAAUUGGGGUCAUGGUGAUGAUACUGGUCCAUCACAACGCAAGGAAUAUUCUCGUAAAAGCUUAGCAGAUGCACUUGGAGAUGACGAAUAUGAUGUUAGCAUCCCCAAUCAACCUCAUUUUGAGAAGGAUGAAGAUUCUGAUGAAGCUGCAGGAGAGGUCAUUCACAGCUAUGGUCUUAAAGAUAAAACAAUAAUAGACAAUUCAUUGGAGAGUGAUUUUCAAGGGGACGUAAAUAGGAAGAAAAGACUGGUUCUCAGUGAUAAGCUGGAGGAAGAGAUAAGGAGUCUUUAUGAGAAGUAUAAGGACAAUUUAAACUGUACUCAACUUAUCGCAGAAGCUCUUGAUCCUAAUGGUAAUGUCUCUCCAGCUCAAGUUUCCCGCAAAUGUAAAAAACUAGGAUUACAACUUCCUUCGAAAAAGAGCAGCAUGGCUCAUCUUUCUAAUGAUAAUGAUCAAGACAAGGAAGGCAGACCAGAAAUAGACAGCACUCUUCAGGACUUAACUCAUGCAGAUGGGCCCUCUUAUCUGGGGAAACCAAUGCAAGCUAGGAAGAGAGUUCGUGCCAUGGAUGAAAAGCAGGAGCUGAAAAUUAGAAGUCUAUUUGAACAUUUCAAAGAUCAUAAGAGGUGCAGCCACAUGAUCGCAAAAGAACUUGACCCUGAUGGAGCAGUGACUGCUGCUCAAGUUUCUCGUAAACUCAAGAAACUUGGUUUACGCACUUCUCGAAUGAAAGGUGAAGUAAACAGACAAAAGAUGGAUGAAGCUUCUACAGACGGAGAAGAUGAUAUAGACGAUCUAACUCUGUCUGCUGUUAGGAAAAGGAGUAAGAACAGGGUGGAUGCUUCAUCUGAAAAGGAGUUGGGCAAUUUGAAAUAUAAUGUUCAAUCACCAGGGUCCACUUCAGAUGAUGAACAAGUACUUGGCUCUAUUUUAAAGAAACGGAAAAUGAAAAGGGUUCAGGCAGAGCCAGAAGACAAGUUUGCCAGUGCUUCAACUAACCAGGAGGAUAUCGCUGGAGAAGAUUCCAGCAAUCAAGUUCCUCAAAGUUUGGAAGAAAGGGAUGAAAUUGGGGAAGCUGUGGAUGUAAAUGUUGGUGUUAAAAGGCUUAACAUCCCUCAUAGCAGUUCAGCACAUCAAGCUGUUAGGUCCAGUGAUUGGGGUGAGGGAGGUAAUCAGCAAAAGUACGACGACCUAUCUGAAUCUGGGAUUGGUACCUCAAAUCAUGGGUUCUCUGGCAGCAAUCCAGAAAAUGAAGCUACUCCUGACACCAGUAAUGAUAAGAGAGGUCUUAUGCUGGAUGAAGAUGUUAAAACUAUCCAAAAUGUGCUUAAUUAUAGUGAAUUGGAAGAUUCAGGGGAUGAACUGGCACCUAGUGCAUCACCUGAGAGUUCUGUAAAGAGAAGGCGGCUCAGGGUAGUGAUGGAUUUUGAUGAUGAUGAUGAGUAGGAUUCUAUUUAAAACUUGUAAUCAAUGUAAAUUAACAUUUGAUUGAUGCAAACUGAUGUAGUAAUAGCUGUUAUAUAGUCUGUAGUCUUUGACCCGAGCCAAUUUCAUAAUAUUGUUUAUAUAAAUCUAUUGCUCAAUAUUUUUUUAA